AUUAGGGUUUUUGUUGCAUAUUUAUAUAUGCUUUCACCUCAGCCGAAGAGCUUUUUCUGCUGGUAAUUAUAAAUCUCCAAUAGUUUUUAAUUUACUUAGCUAAUUAAUUCAUACCUGUUCUAAAUUCUAAUAGCCGGAUUUACCAUGGAAUCAACUCAAGCUAAGUAGCAGCUCGCACUGAUCGAUCAGGCCAUGGAAGAUCCAAGUGGGGAGUCCGAGCUGGAAGAAGACUUUCCAGAAGCAAACUGUGGUAAGAUGAGGUGGAUCUUGAACAAAGGAUGGGGACUUGGGAAGAAAGUUCUGGUGACUGGUUUGGUAAUUUCUUCUGCCCCAAUUGUUCUUCCGCCGCUUGUGGUUAUUUCCGCAAUUGGGCUUGCCCUUUCUGUUCCAUCCGGCAUUAUCUUGGCAAGUUAUGCUUGCAGUGAGAAGAUCAUGAGCAAGUUACUUCCAUAUAGUGAGCCGCCUCCUUUGUUGGAAAAUAAUGUAACGUUAAUGUCGAAUAACGAAGAAUUGCAGCAUGACGAGGAAUGGGAACGGGGUAUGUGGGUAGGAGCGAAGACUGAUAUCGAAAAGGAAGAAGGAUGGGAUUGGACGGAUCGACUCGAAGGCCGUGAGAUGAGAGUUGAAUUUGUUGAUGAGGAAACUGGUGACAUUAUUGAGGAGGCUGCGCAAGGAAAUGUAACUGAAGAUGUGGGUGAAAUUGAAUUUGUAGAAGAAAAUGGAUAUGAGAGGGACGUAGAUGAGUCUACGGAUGAGGAGGAAAAGCUAAUAUUGGAUAGUAUUUAUGAGGUGAAAAUUAAAGGAUUGAGUGAGGAUUUUAAGGAUGAUUCCGUACUAGAUGAGAAUCAAGUCGAUGAGGUGUGUGGAUUAGUGUUCAAUGUAAUUGAGGGUGAUGUGCAAAUGGGAGUGAUACCCACUGAAGGGACUACCGUAGCAAUCAAAGAAAGCGAGGGUCAAGAAAGAGUAAAUGAUAUAGUAGAAGAGGCGGAGUUGGUGGAAGAGACGAGGGGCUUGCUAGAAAAAAUUAGGGAUGAAGGCAACACUGAUAAUGCAAUGGAGAUGGACAAGCGGUAUGUGGGAGAAAGUGAAGGAGGUGGGGAGCUAAUCAAUCAAAAAGUUGGUUCAAAUGCUGAAGAGAUUGAGAUACCAGUUGAAGCUAGAAUUGCUGACAUUGGAUCGCAAGAAUCAACUAAUACCAGGGAAGGUGGAGUUGGGGACGUUCCAGAGGUAUGCAAGGAUUCCAAGAAAUGAGAUUUGCUAACGAUGCAAAGACCGUUUAUGAGGAUGUCAAACCGGUUAGAGAUAUUGGGAGUGUUUCGGAAAGCAAGAAUGCAGAGAAUGAUUUAGCAGCCGAGAAGCCAAUAGGGGAAACCAAGAAUAAUGUUAAAGACGUUUUAGUGGAAGAAAAAUCAAGGGCAAAAACAAGGAAUUUGAAGCCUUUGGCGAGCAGCUUCACGGAAGACAAGCAAAAGUUUGUGAUAAACAAAGAGGAAAUGGUACAAGGAAGGAGAACCGAUGAUACAAUCAAUGAAUUAGAGUUUCAGUUGAUUAGAGAGAAGGAAAUUGUGGUUUCAAAUGCAGAUGCAAGAGAGAUUGCUGAUGAAAGCGGGCUUCAUUUGUUUGAUGAGAAGAAUCAAUCUGGUCAGCAAGACUGGCAUUCUUCUUAUGGAAUUUCUCAAGAAUGUGCAGGUCAUGUGGGUGAUGAAGGUGCAGAUUAUGCAGAGCUUCCCAUUUCAAGCAUUGCACGUGAAUCUACAGAUUCUGGAAUAUCAUCCGGAAAGGACAUUACAAUGCCUUCAAAUGGGGUACUGUAUGAUGAGACGAAAAUAUGGGCGAAGAUCGACGCUAUACGAAGUAUAGUCGGAUACAAAGGCACACCCCACGCAACAUGCAUAGAGGAACUGAAGGCUCUUUACCUCUUCACAGGUGUGGAACCCCCUACAGUAUCAUUUAGUGACCCUCCUGAUCUCGCACAGGUUAAUCACAAUCUUCGCUUUCUCAUGUCCAUAAUCGGAGUUAAAUUGGACUCGUGAAUUGCUGGCGGCUUGUACUUGCAGAUAUUUGUUGUCCGUUUCCGGUUUGAUGUCACACUAAGAGCCUUAGUAGAGUUAGAUUGUGUAUAUUGGUUUAGCAUUUGUUUGCUGCAGAUGCCAGAAAACCUUUUGAUCCAAAGUUUGUGCUCCCCGCAAGCUAGAAACUGUUAAGGUUUCCCAUCCUCUGCCAUUUCAUCGGCAAGCCUCCCGUAGUGUUCUGCAGUCUUGGAAGUCGAAGCUAUCUGUAAGAGUUGUAUUUUUGGCUGUACUAGUGCAAAUUUCUUCUUUGCUUCUCA